UAUCUCAUUAGUAGAAAUAUGCAUACAUAGCAUCUAGUACUCUUAUCUAACAAUCCAGGCACCUCGAGACAAGUGUCCUCUACUUCUCUACUUGGUAAUCAAAUAGACAACCAUGAUCGGAUAUCAGUGUAUUAUACUAUGUGCUUGCUUAUGUGCUGUGUACGGACAGACAGAUUGCUCGACCUUACCCGAUGGUCAUUAUAAUAUAGGCUGCAAACGCUACGAUGUUUGUACCAACCAUGUGCUAACUUCGAUAGAAUGCAAGCAGAAUAAAGUAUACAACAACAACACCAAAAUGUGCGACUAUCAAAAUCACGUAGACCCUCCCUGUGGUCUUGUUAGAGACUGCACUGGUAAAGCUGACGGUGCUUACACAGACUUCCAAUUGAACUGUACAUCAUAUUACACGUGCAGCCACCACGUCUAUUAUGGUCACAACUUCUGUACACCAGGUACGGUGUUUGAGAUGAAAGUUGGCACGUGCGUGUGGCCGGAUGAUGCCUUUAAACCAUGUGGAAACAAAGUUUGAAAUAGAAUGAAUUCAGAAAAAUAGACUCCUUAUUAAAAUAUCAAUAUUUA